CGUAGAUCUGGUUGCGACCGAUGGUUUCCCUGGCCGCUCCUGGUCUGGGAGUGCGUCCAUGGUCUUUCCUGUUUUUUCCCCCAAUCUCAAUGUGAGCUCUGCUUUGGAUAGACACUGCCCAAUCUGUAAGAGAUGCCAUUGCCACUGCCACUACCACUUGGAAGCUCCAAGCAGGAGACUAAGAAAUUUCAGUCCAGCAAAAUUGUGCCCAGUGAUCAUGGCCAAUCUGAAAAGAGAGGGGAGAAGUACCAAGCAAAGAUAUCUUCAUCUUCACCUCAGGGACCUCUCAAAAAGAGAUCAGCUUUGGAAGAUCUCACCAAUGCUUCUCAAAGUCAACCUGCACAGCCCAAGAAGGAAGCCAGUAAGGAAUUUGUUAAAGAUGUUUCCAAGAAAAUAAACAGGACCAAACCUACUCUGGAGUUGGCCAAAAACAAUGAGAUGCAUAUAAAACAAUAUGAGCUGGAACCUUCAUCAGCAGCAGUUUCUACGCCCAUGGUAUUACACAUUGUGAAGAAACCACGCACUCUGAAGACAUGUACCAUUUCUGAAACACCCACUACUGAGAAGCCUUCUCUUAUAAAAAAGCCAUUAGUGUUAAAAGAGAAACCCAGUACUGGGGACACAGUCCUCAAUAGGAGAUCACUAUCUUUAAAGAAGCACAUAAAUCAGAAUAACAUCUCUCUAUUCGAGAAGCCACUAACCUUGCUUGAAGAGACUGAGAGUGAUUUAGAGUAUAUUUUAGAGCCAGUGACUUUUGGGAAGAAACGAAAAUCUGAGGAGGCAGUCGUCACUCAGAGGAAUUUAUCCUUUAAGGAGAUGUGUACAUGUCAGGGGAAGCAGUCCUGCUGUGAGAACGAGAUGACAUUGCUGAAUAUUAAUGUUGAAAAGGAUUCCUUCUUUAUGGAGCCAAUGAACUUUAGGAAGAAGCCUGAAACUAAGGAGGCAACCCCCACCAAGCAGCUAUUAACUUUAAAAAAGUCUGCCACUCAGGAAAAGAUGUCUCAUGAGAAGAAGCCACUAAUAUUGCAGAAGGCCACCUCUGGAGAAGAGUCGCUCAUUGAGAAAUCAUUGUCCUUUGAGAAGACGUGUACCGCUGAGGAGUUCUGUUUCCAAGAGUCAUCUCUGUUGCAAGAGAAGCACACCACUCAGGGGGAAGUGUCUAUUUUGAAGAAGCCCUUGACCUUGCAAAAGGCGACAACUAAGGAGGAGUCACUUUUAAAGGAAACUCUGCUUUAUAAGAAGAAACAUACCAUUGAGGAGGCAGCUGCCACCGAGGAGCUAGUAAUUUUAAAGAAGAAAUGUACCACUCAAGAUAAGAUAUCCUGCUUGAAGACCAUUUCUGGAGCAAAGUCAGUCAUUAAGGAGCCAUCAUCCUUUAAAAAGAAGCCUACUACUGAGGAGGAGUUCCUCUUCAAGGAAUCAUCUGUAUUGCCAAAGAAGCAUACCACUCAGGGGGAGGUGUCAAUCUUGAAGAAGCCCUUGGUCUUGCAAAAGACUCCAACUGAAGAGGAGUCACUUUUAAAGGAUACUCUGGUUUUUAAGAAGAAGCGUACCAUUGAGGAGGCAACCACCACCAAGGAGCUAGCACUUUUAAAGAAGAAAUGUAUCAUGCAAGAUAAGAUACCCUGCUUGAAGAAACCACUAGUAUUGCAGACCAUUUCUGAAGGGAAGUCAGUCAUUAAGAAGUCAUCGUCCUUUAAAAAGAAGCCUGCCACUGAGAAAGAGUUCCUCUUCAAGGAAUCGUCUGUGUUGCCAGAGAAGCACACCACUCAGAGAGAGGUGGCCCUCUUGAAGAAGCCAUGGGCAUUGCAAGACAAUAUUCACCGUAAAGAUGAAUUUCUUAUGGAGCCAGUUUCCUUGAGGAAGAAACAUACCAUGAAUGAGGCAAUCUCCAGCAAGGAGCUAAUAUCUUUAAAGAAGAAAGAGUGCACCACUCAAAUAAUGAUGUCCAUCUGCCAAGUAAUAUUGGACUUGCAGAAUAUUAUUGACAAAGGUAAACAUUCCUUCUUUAUGGGGCCAGCAUCACUUAGGAAGAAGUCUUCAAUUGAGAAGGCAAUCCCUACCAAGGCACCAUUAUCAACAAAGAAGAAGCGACUCACUCAGGGAAAGAUGUUUCUCUUAAAGAAGCCAUUGGUGUUAGACAAGACCACCUCUGAAAAGGGGUCACUCUUUAAGAAGGCGUUGCCCUUUGAGAAAAAGCCUAAAACUGAUGAGUUUCUUUGGCAGGAUCCAUGUCUAUUGAAAGAGGAUCACACCACUCUUCAGGGGGUGUCCCACUCAAAGAAGCCAUUGGCCUUGCAGGAAAAGGCUACCACUAAAGAAAAAUAUAUUAAGGAACCAUCAGAGAAGAAGCCUAUCACUGAGGAGGAAUUCGUCUUUCAGGAGCCAUUUUCAUUGCAUGUUAAACCUACUAACAAAGAUGAGUCCCUUUUCUGCAAGUGUUUGGACAGCCAGAAUAAGAUGGAUACCAAAGAGGACUCCUUGAAGAAGCUGUUGACUUUGCAGGAGAAAAGCACCACUGAAAAGGAUACCCUUUUCAAGAAACCAUUGGUUCUGAAGAAGAAGCUCUCCAAUGAGGCAACAACAAGCAUAGAAAGCCAAUUAUCUUUAAAGAAGAAGCCUACUGCUCAGGGAGAGGUGUUCCUCUUGAAGAAGCAGUUGUCCUUGCAAAAGAACACCACUAAUGAAGAGUUCCUUAUUAAGCAACCACUGACCUUGCAGGAGAAGCCCAGCACUGAGGAGUCCCUCUUCAAAGAAUUAGCCUUUCAUGGGAAGUCUACCAUUAAUGAAGCAUUCCAUUUCAAGAUGUUCUCCUUGAAUGAGGAACCCACUACUAGGCAGGAGUUGUCAUUUGAGGAGCCAUUGGCCUUGCAAAAUAAUCCUACCCAAAGGGAAGAUACCUUUCUUAAAGAUGUCUCUAUCCAAUUUGAGAGUAGCCCACAUGUAUUCAGCACCGCCUCUGAAUCUAGAACAGACAUGUCCAGUUCUGGCAUCAUGUCCAAUGUGAGCAAGUUUAAUACCACAAAGAAGUCCAGUGAUUGUGAAUCCAGUUCCAAUAAACCUUUCUCAUCUUGUGGCAAGAGAUCACAGAAGGAGAUAACCCCACUGGAGGAUAUUGGCAAGAACCACAAUAACCUAAGUUUCGACUCAAUAUAUGUCAAGGAUAUCUUCAGAUACUUGAAGGAGAGAGAGGAAAAGUUCAUACUUAAAAAAUACAUGAGCUGUCAGAGUGACAUCACCAGUAACAUGAGGGCCAUUCUUGUGAAUUGGUUGGUGGCUGUGCAGAUUACCUUUAAGGUGAGUCAUGAGACCCUCUACUUGGCAGUGAAGCUGGUGGAUCACUACCUUAUGAAGGUAAUGUGCAAGAAAGACAAACUCCAACUCCUUGGUUCUACUGCUUUUAUGAUUGCAGCAAAAUUUGAGGAGUCCUGCCCACCUGGUCUGGAUGAGUUCUUAUACAUCUGUAAUGAUGCUUAUCAGCGAGAUGAGAUGCUUGCCAUGGAAAUCAGCAUCCUGAAAACCCUCGAAUUUGAUAUCAACAUUCCUGUCGCCUAUCAUUUUCUGCGCAGAUAUUCUGUGUGUUUCCAUGUCAACAUGAAUACAUUGCUGCUAUCCCGCUUCAUCUGUGAGAUGACCCUACAGGAAUAUGACUAUAUCCAGGAAAGGGCUUCCAAGCUAGCUGCUGGUUCCUUCCUCCUGGCCCUCUACAUGAAGAAUCUCGGACACUUGGCUCCUACCCUGGAGUAUUACAGUGGCUACAAGACUUCUGAUCUUCAUCCCUUGGUCAAGAAGCUGAAUGUAUUGCUGACUUUGCGUUCUUGUGAUAAUAGGCUCAAGGCUGUGCAUUCCAAGUAUUCUCACCGGCUCUUCUUUGAAGUCACCAAAAUCCCCCCCUUGAACAUGUGGAAUCUGGAGGAGAUUUUCAAUUCCUGCUAAUGAAACUGAGGGCCUGACUCUGGCAGCAGCUACUAGGGCCAAGUUGGCAUGUAACUAGGCUAUGUUUAUUUUGUCCUAGUAUUUGUGUUUUGAUCACUUUUCUUCAU